UCGUUACUGCCGCAGAGAAUAGAGAGAGAUUUAUUUGAUUGCAGUGCGACAGCAGUUACCUUAGGUAAUAACGCAGGAAAGAAGCAGUCAACCUCAGCACGCACUUGGGCAUUUCCUUCCCGCUGCGCGCACCGGCGAGCCACGACAUCCUCUUUCCCAAGCGCCAGUAUGCCCAAGACGCAGCCAAACCUCUUCGCCUUCCCCGGCGUCGACGCCCUCGCGCCCGCCCUCCGCUCGUACAUCAUCCAGUCCCAAGCUGCCGGCAUCGCCCGUCACGACAGCUUCAAGGUUGCGGUGUCGGGCGGCUCGCUCCCCAAGACGCUCGCCACCGCCCUGCUCGCCCCCUCGUCCGGCCCGAACGACGUUGUCGAGUGGAACAAGUGGGAGAUUUUCUUUGCUGACGAGCGCGCCGUCCCCCUCGACCACGAGGAUUCCAACUAUGCCCUUCUGAAGAAGGAGCUGCUAGACAAGCUUCCCGAGGACCAGAAGCCCGCCGUGCGCCCUAUUGACGUCACACACCUGGAGGAUACCCAGGAGCUGGCGGAUCAGUACGAGAAGACCUUGGUGGGGAGCUUUGCGUCGCGCGACUCGGUUCGCCUGCCCAUCUUCGACCUCCUCCUGCUCGGCUGCGGACCCGACGGCCACACCUGCUCGCUGUUCCCGGGCCAUGCGUUGCUGCGCGAGAACGAUGCGUGGGUUGCUCCCAUCGAGGACUCCCCCAAGCCGCCUGCGAAGCGCAUCACAUUGACGCUUCCCGUUGUCACACACGCCGUGCGCAUCGCGUUUGUGGCUACCGGUGGAGGGAAGAAGGAGAUUAUGAAGCAGAUUUUCGAUACUUCGGAUGGUCUCCCCUGCACACUUAUCAACGAGACCGCCGGCGACCGAGCGAGCUGGUUCGUGGACGAGCCUGCUGUGGAAGGCGUAGCCUUCCCUCGGAGGGCAUUCCUAUGACAUGAUACCUCGGAUGACGGGAUGAAAAUGAAGCUCUGAUAGGAAGCCACAAACAAAGGGUCAGAUGCUGGAUUGACGAUACGUGCGCGGUGCGUUGAUUAGACAGACUGGCGAUUAUCCCCCACAGCAUUAUUCGAUCAAUCCAUCACUAUCAUGUCCAACUU